AAACAUGUCCAGACAACCUUAAUACAAACAAAUCAAUACACAAUUACUUGUCAACAGGUUAUAAGAUUACCAUGCAUGAUACAGACUUGUUAACUAAUAACUUGUAACAUGGUGACAACUUGUAACAGUUUAUUUGCUUAACAAGCCUUUUACAAUUUGCUGAAAAAGUUAACGCAGGCAUGUUGUGCCAUGUAGCAACUUGUUGAGAAGAUGACGGGUUUUCAUGUGUAGUCAAGUCACGAGUUAAAAGUUCAAACAGAUAACUUCCCUGUCUUAUUCCCGAUGUGCAAAUAUUUUGUGUCCGUUGACACGCUGUAGCUAAAUACAAUUCGAAGAAAGGAAUAAUAGCAAAACUUCGACUGACGACGUUGUUGCAAACUGAUACAUAAAGUUUUUUCAUAAAGAAUUUGCUUUCUUGUAUGUGCGUAUAAUUCUUAACUCUCGAGACCAACGUUUUUGCUUGAAGGUUUAUCUUGUUGAAAACAGCCCAUUCUUCCUUUGAUAAAUGACUUGCAAGCAGGAAAGCGUCCAAUUUUCCCAAGAACAAACGGAAAAUUCUGCAAAAGAAGACAUGCUGACGAAACAUGUUCAAAACGUUGAGGAGACUUGGGUUCUUGUUAAGAAAGAUCUGGUUGGCAACGGGGCUGUUUUUUUGUUUAGGUUCAUCGGACAAAAUCCAGAGAUCAAAGAUCUGUUCUCGUUUGGACCAAACUUUGACAUAGAGAAGGACAAUCAUGAUCACCCGGAACUACGAAAGCAGGCGGCAGUUCUUAUGAAAAUGAUUGACUAUGCUGUUAGAUGCCUUCACGAUCUAACAAACCUUACGCCUAAACUGAAAGCACUGGGAAAGAAACAUUACGUCAAGUAUAAUGUGAAGCCUGAGUAUUUUAAGCCUGCCAUACCUCCUUUGAUGUGGACUCUUGAAAAAGGUCUCGGAAAUAUUUUCACACGUGAAGUGGAAAAGUCGUGGCGGGUUAUAUUUGGUAUUGUUCUUGACGUCAUGAUUGAGGGGGCUCAAGAGGGUAUUGAGGAGUUGAAUAAUAAUGCACUCUCGUAAAAAAUAUAUUUACUUUACUAUUACGUAAUGAUGGGUAUCGCAUUCUUAAUUUAAUUCUACGUUAUUUUAUAAUCUUAUGUUAGUACUUAAAACAUUAACAAUAUAUUGCACGCGUUUGUAAAAAGAAAAUAUAUUCUCUUUCAUUGGUACUUGAAAAA